AUGAGCGGUUCGAUCACACAAGACUGGGAGCCGGUGGUGAUCCGCAAGAAAGCUCCGACCACCGCUGCUCGCAAGGAUGAGAAAGCCGUCAACGCCGCCCGUCGUUCUGGUGCUGAGAUCGAAACCGCAAAAAGUCAAAUGCAGGCACAAACAAGGCUGCCUCUAGCGGCACUUCGCCGAACACCAGGAAGCUUGAUGAGGACAAUGAGAAUCUUACUCAUGAAAAGGUACCAACCGAACUGAAGAAGAACAUCAUGCAGGCUCAUAUGGAUAAGAAACUCACCCAGUCUCAACUUGCUCAAAUCAAUCAUCAAUGAGAAGCCCCAGAUAAUACAAGAGUAUGAAUCGGGAAAGGCCAUUCCAAAUCAACAGAUAAUUUCCAAACUGGAGAGGGCUCUU